AUGAAGCGACCACGUCGCUCGUUGCUGCUUGGUUUGCUUGUUUUGGUGUGCUCAAUGCCGCAGGGCUUUGCGCCACCGCCGGCGGUCGGAGUAGGCACUCUGUUGGCGUCAUCCACAGCCUUUCUUGGCUUUGCUGUGACUGCUCUGAAAGAAAGCACCCAGACGCAGGUGACUGCUCUCAAAGAAAGCACCGCGUCGCAGGUGACUGCCAUUGAGAAGAGGGUGGAGGCUGUCGAGACGAAGGCUGACAUUCAGUUUGAAGCCCUCACCAAGAAGAUUGACGCCCUCACCAAGAAUGACGAAGCCCUCAGCAAGAAGAUUGACGCCCUCACCAAGAAUGACGAAGCCCUCAGCAAGAAGAUUGAGAUUGGGCACUAUCCAUCGGUGAUCGCAUGGAUGGAGGAGACCUUCGUCGCUGAUUUCUACAUGGUGGCGGGCGACUACAAUGCAGAUGGAAGUUAUUUCGACGAGGAUACAGAGUGGACGGCCAUCUUAAGCAGCAUCACCAACUACACCUUGCUGACCGGGAACGAGCUGGACACCACCUUGGCCCUGAGCAGCAACAGCUACGAUCGGAUUAUUGCCAGUUCUAGCCUUCAGGCCUCGGGAACUGCUGCAUACAUUUUGGAGAAUCACGUGAAUCUCUCAGGCGUCUUCGAUCAAGGCUGUCAAGAUGGCUAUAUCAACAGCGAUGUGUGCACUGCGGACCCGCUGGAGUGGCACGAGGUGGCCAAAGAGUUGUCGGAUCACUAUCCUGUGGAGCUCUGCAUGCAUUUGAAUGGCACCUGCGACAGCUGCGCGGCGGCUACCACUACUGCGGCACCGCUGGUGGCGGAGAGCUGCCAAGUGGUGGGCUUCCAAGCGGACAAUCCCGAUGAUUUCGGGAUCCUUUUCCUGGACUCCAUUCCUGCUGGCUUCGUCGUCUAUUUGACGGACAAAGGGGUUCUGGAAGACGGCAGCCUCCGCAGUGGAGAGGGCAUUCUGCAGUUUUCGGGGGAGGUGCCGGCAGGGGAGGUGUUGUUCAAAGACAACUUCACCAGUUCUUCAGGUACCUUCUCCUUGUCCACCAGCGGAGAUCAAGUCUUAGUCUUCUCGGGCUCUGAGGCGAGUCCCAGCUUUUUGUGUGGCCUCAACUUUGGCAGCAGUUGGCAAUCCACCGCAGAUUCCUCCAGUACCAGCGCAAUCCCACCAGGCUUGGAGUCUGCUUUGGCCCUGACCCAGGCAGAAAAUGCAGCUUAUGUGGGCAACACUACUGGGACAGCUCAGGAGCUCCUGUCACGACUCCAAAACAGCGAGAAUUGGCAGUCAGACAACAGUCCAGUGGCAAUUCCGCGUUCUUUCGUGCUCCUGCCCGACCCUGUGACAUCGACCACUACAAGCACCAUCACAGCUACAAUCACCGCUACCAGCACAGCUACAACCACAGCUACCAGCGCAGCUACCAGUACAGCUAACGGCACAGCUACCAGCACAGCUACCAGCACAGCUACCAGCGCUGCCAUCAUUGCUACGCUCACAGCUACCAAUGCUGCUACCAACACUAGUGCAACUUUCACCACCACCUCUCCAGUUGAUCCUGUGACAUCGACCGCAACAAGCACCAUCACUGCGACCAUCACCGCAGCUGCAAGCAUCACUUCCACUUCCACUACCACCUCCACCGCAUCAGCUGAGAGACCAAUCGCCGUGGGCGGAGGGUCUUCGCAUGCGCUCCCAACACUCGCCUUGCUCCUGCUCCUCUUCCGCUGA